AACAACAAUGAGGACCCUAGUAGUAGUCGGGCUUCUAGCCCUGGUAGCUGCAGUGUCAGCCAGGGACAUUCAGAAGAGGUCUGCUGAUUUGGAAGCUGCGGCGUCCGGCCACGGCUGGGACAAGGGCGGUGGCCACGAGCACCAUGAGCACCAUCAUCACGACCAUGGCGAGAAGGGACACAAAGGCCAUCACGGCCACCACGAAGACCACCACGGCAAGAAGGGCCAUCACCACCAUGAGGGCCACAAAGGCCACCAUGGCGAGCACGGCGGACAUAAGAAGCAUCAUCACCACGACGAGGGCUACCAUCAUCACCACGGACAUGGCGAGAAGGGCGAGCACGGGCACGGGCACGACGAGCACGGCCACUGGCACAAGGGCCAUGACACGAAGGGACACCACGGCGUCGAAAAGCACGACGAGUUCAAGAAGGACAAGCACUUCCAUCACCACCACGGGGAGAAGGGACACCAUGAGCACUACGGCGGUCACCACGACGAGGGUGGCUACAAGAAGGGCGGUCACUUCCACAAGGGCCACAAACACGGCGGACACCAUGAACACCACCAUGGCAAGAAAGGUCAUCAUGAGAAGGGAGGACAUCACCACCACCACAAGGGCCACCAUGGCGAAGAUGGCCACCACGACCACUGGCAUCAUCACCACGACCACGACAAGAAGGGAGGACAUGAGGACCACAAGCACUGGGGUCACAAAUCUGGACACUAAGCUAUUAGUGC